AUGAUUAAAACAGACAAGUUUUUCCACCGAAAAACGUCCCGAGGUUCGAACAUUCGUGUGUUCCGAGUGGUCCGUGAACAUUAUGUGAGAGAGCGGGUUCCGUGCUUCAGCUCACUGUGCCAGGCGGGCUGUGAGAACGAGGGCAAGGUGCUGAGCGGAGACGUGACCCAUUACGUGGUGCCUGAUGUCGGGGUGGUGAUGGACUACCUGGAGAUCCUGGAGUUCAGAGAGCUGCAGGGCAUCGUGUUCACUCAGACCGCCUGUCAGGCUGUGCAGCACAGCAAAGGUCACAGGCACUACAGCCGUCUACGGAACCUGCUGAAAGACCCUCGACACGACUCUGUCCUGUUUUCCAAUGAAUUUCAGCAAUAUUCCUACUGUCCUCGAGAGAAAGGGGAGAGCCAGGAAAAGUGGCAGAGCAGGAGUGUGUACUCUGCAGCAGUUUGGUACUAUAACCACCUGGCAGGUAUGAUGGAGGUUGUGAUGAUCACCCACGACCCGGAUGUUGUUGCUCAGUACAGUAGCCUCACCUCUGGAGUUUAUGUCAUCUUUCUUGAGGAUUAUUUACGUGACUUCUAUGCUGAGCUUCUCGCUGCCCAUGAGCUGUACAGCUCCAUUUCUCAGACACUCCACGAGAAGAAGAGUGAGGGCACAGAGAGAGAGUACGGUGCUCAUCUGCCAGCUGAAGUCCUGAAGACCGGAAUCAAGUCCGGAAGAUACGUCCAGGGAACUUUGAAUGUCAAUAAGCACCGGCCACAGCAAGAGGCUUUUGUCACCACGGAAGUCCUCCCCAGCAAGAACACAGAUCGCAGCAAUGACGUGUUGGUGUUCGGGAUGAAGAAUCGAAAUCGUGCAGUGCACGGUGAUGUGGUUGUUGUGACAUUGUUGCCAAAGAGUGAAUGGAGAGGGAAGGUCACGACCUUGAGUGAAGGCUCUGGAGAGGACAAGAGCGAAGAGGAUGGCCAGAGUAAACCCAUGCCAACAGGUCGUGUUGUGGGGAUCCUGCAGAGGAACUGGAGGGACUAUGUGGUAACUUUUCCUUCCCGGGAGGAGAUUCAGUGCCAAAGCAGAAAUUCUCAGCGUAUCCUGGCUGUGCCUUGGGACCCACGCAUCCCCAAGAUCCGGAUCAGCACUCAGCAAGCUGAUGCUCUCCAGGACCACAGGGUGGUGGUGCGCAUUGACUCAUGGGAAAAGACAUCGCUCUAUCCUAACGGCCACAGGGUGCGGGUGCUGGGUCGGGUUGGUGAGCUUGAAACAGAGAUCCAGACCAUCCUGACUGAAAACUACAUCCAUGUCCUUCCUUUCUCAGAGGCACAGCUGAGGGAGAUGCCUAUUAACACUCCUGAGAAGCCAUGGAGAGUGGACCCGGCCCAGGUGUCAGCACGGCGGGACCUCAGGGAGAGUCACCUGGUGUUUAGCAUCGACCCGAAGGACUGUGAGGACGUGGACGACACGCUGUCCGUGCGCAGCCUGGCCAAUGGGAAGGUGCUAGAGCUGGGGGUUCACAUUGCUGAUGUCACCUACUUUGUGGCAGAGGACUCGCUCACUGACUUGGAGGCACAAACAAGAGCUACGACUUACUAUCUGGCAGAUCGCAGAUAUGACAUGCUGCCUGCUGCGCUCAGUGCAGAUCUCUGCUCUCUGCUGGGAGGAGUUGACAGGUAUGCGGUGAGUGUCCUGUGGGAGCUCGAUGCGUCCACUCUGGCUGUCAAGAAGGUGUGGUACGGUCGCACGCUCAUCCGCUCCUCCUACCAGCUCCACUAUGAGCUGGCUCAGGCCCUCCUGAAUGGAGAGCAGGUUGAGGUUCCGGAGUUGGCCCAGCUCAGUCAUGAGGAGAAGGAUGUGAAGCUCACUCAGCUCACACAGGCUCUGCAGAUGCUGACACAUGUAACCAAGCACCUCCGGGCAAAGAGGGACAUUGGUGGCGCUCUCGAGCUGGAAAGUGUUGAGGUACGAGCCCAGUUGGACAAGGAGAGGAACAUAACAAGCCUGAUCCCCCGUCAGCCGCUGGAGGUCCAUGAGACGGUGGCUGAGUGCAUGAUCUACGCUAACCACUGGGUGGCACGCAAGAUCCAGGAGUCCUUCUCUCAUCAGGCACUGCUGCGACAUCACCCACCUCCAAGGCAGGAGCUCUUCAGCCAGAUGGUGGACAGCGCCCAAGCUCGGGGCUUCGCCAUGGAUACGAGCUCCAACAAAGCUCUCGCUGAUUCUCUGGACAAGGCUGUGGACCCACAAGACCCCAUGGUGAAUAGGUUGUUGAGGAUGAUGGCCACCCACGCUAUGUCAGAGGCUCAAUACUUCUCCACAGGAUCUCAUUCCCAACAACAGUACUUUCACUAUGGGCUGGCUCUGGACCGCUACACACACUUCACUUCGCCCAUCCGUCGCUACGCCGAUAUUAUCGUCCACCGCCUUUUGAUGGCAGCCAUUGCCAUGGAACAGGGGAAGGAGCCUGGUAAAUCAGUUAUGAGUAAUAAACAACUGGAAGAAAUGGCUCAGCAUAUCAACAAGAAGAACCGGGCAGCCCAGCAAGCUCAGAAGUUAUCCACAGAGUUGUUUCAGUGUCUCUUCUUCAAAGAAAAAGAUCCUGAAACAGACCUGCGCUGUGUGGCCGACGGCAUCAUCUAUGCCAUCAGAGACAAUGGAGUGCUGGUGUUUGUCCCACAGUACGGUGUAAAGGGGCCAGUGUACAUGAAGAGUACGCAGGGAGAGGUGGUGAUCACCGGACAGGAUGGCGUGUGUGAGUGGCAGCUAGGCUCCAUUCAGCGACACUCAGAUCACAUUGUCACCACCUGUGGUGCUGGCAGCUCCACCUUCAGACUGUUUGACCACAUAACUGUUCGUAUUUCUGUCCACUCGUCACAUUGUCACGCCGAUAGCCUGAAGCUACAGAUGAUCAGCAACAAGCCUCAUCAAACUCCAGAGCCCCAGCAGCCCCGCCCCCAGCUGGUCCAGGAGGUGGUGCGGUGUGCCGAGGAAGCGACACAGCAGGCACGGGAGAAAGAAGCCAGUAACUCCAGACUGACAGAGGAGAGCGAGUUUUGCCAGACCAGAAGUCCCAACCUCUACACACUCCUACAGGAGAUUCGGGAACUGUCUUUGAUGGACCUGGAAACGCUGUGCAUUGUGGGUCCUACUGGAAGAAAGGGAAAGCUAUCAACUGACUCCAGGAGGACUUGCCACUUUGUCUGAUAUACAUUUUUUUUUAUUUUUUAAUCUCCUUUCUCACCCUCCUGGGGAGGGUGGUAUGUAUUUUCCUCAAGCUUGGGUCCUCUAACAGAGUCCUGGGACCUUGAGGGUUCUGCUCAGUAUCUUAGCUGUUCCUAGGACUGCACUCUUCUACACAGAGAUAGAUGUUGAUGUUGUGCAUGGAAUCUGCUGGAGCCACUCUUGCAAUUUGGGGCUCCUAAUACUCCUAUUACCACUGGGACCACUUUGGACUUUACCUUCCACAUCUACUUCAGUUUGUCCUUCAGCCCUUGGUACUUCUCGACUUUCUCAUGCUCCUUCAUUCUGAUGUUGCCAUCACCUGGGAUUGCCACAUCGAUCACACCUGCGAUCUUCUUUCCCUUGUCAACCAUCACUGUAUUUGGUUGGUGGCCAGCAGCUGCUUGUCUGUCUGGAAUUUGAAGUCCCUCAGGACCUUAGCCCUGUCGUUCUUAACCACCUUCAGCAGUAUAAACCAUCAUAUCUGCUGAUUUGAGCCUUUCACAAACAUAUCAGUAUCAACAAUAUUUUUGCAGGCAUCACAACUUUUAUUUUAUAUACAGUAUUGGAUUGGUGUCAUUACAUUACAGCACUGUUUACAGUGGCUGGGACCCCAUCACCCCUUGGUCAUAUUUGCUACAAGAGACAGAGGCAAGGCAAUCAGCUGCCAUUCAUUUUCAGUUAGAGUGGAUGUUUUACAACAGCAAAAGAUAAAGUGGUCACUAUGCCACAAGUCCAAAAUAUACAAGACUUCUUAUUUUAUGCAAAUGCUGAAUGAUGCACCAUGACCACUGCCAAUUUGAGUGAAGGCAGAUUGUUGUACAUUGGUUGGUUGUUAGUUAUAUUUAUAGAUGGGACAUUCUGCCAGAAACGUACAUGACCUGUCCUGGCUUUCUUAAGAAUGUAUAACAUUUGCACAAUCAAAAAAAUAAUUACACUAACUGUAGUUGGUUUCUGUAAAUUGUUCUGUUAAGGAAUAUGUCAUUCUUUAGAUUCUCAGAUGUUUUUCUUUAUUCAAAACACUUUUGGAAAUCAGCGCCUAAAGAAUGGACUAUCUUCAGCAAAAUUUGUGUUACAUCUUGAAUAGUGUUAUCAUAAAACUGUUAUUUGCAAAAAAAAAAAAAACUAAACAUACUAUUAAUAACAAAUUGAAUUAUCAUUAACUUCAGUUGAUUAAAAAUAAGAAUUUGUACUUAAAUUCUACAAAUAAAUUGCAUUUUGCCACUGUC